AUGGAGAAAAUCGUAUUCGUCACACUUCUAGCAAGCGCAUUCGCCGCUCCGGGAUACUAUGUACCCCUAGCCAAGUCUACCCUAACGACCAGCAGUCAAACGGUUGACCACGGCAGUAGCCACAUACUCCACGCACCAUUGAUGGUUCCUCUUGCGAAGACAACAUCAACUCACAGCAACCAAGUUGUAGACCAUGGAAUGACCACAGUGGAGCACCACCCAGUCGUCUUCCCUGCUACCUCUAUCUACUCUUACAAGACUCCUGACUCGGCUAUUACUCAUCAUUCCUCGGAAGUACAUGAAACUGUGCCAUAUUAUGCUUACCAUUAA